AUGGUCCAGUUGGAUCUGGAUAGGCGCUCUCCUUCUCGAAGACAUGGGCCCACUGCUAACACGUUCUCUCCUUUAAGAGAGGAUGGUGACGUUUUGCCUCUUGGCUUCACGAUUUUAUUCUUGUGGCUCUUUGGAAUCACCAGCUUUGUUGAGAAUGGUGCACUGUUUGCCAGCUUUGUGGUCUUUGCAGGAUAUGGCGUGGCAGUUGCUCCCUUCUCGUAUUUGUUGUCGUUCCUCUUCGCCAAGCACACUUCUGCCCAGAUCCUAUCGCUUGUCUUGAACUUUUUCACGGGUCUCCUACUGAUGCUGACAUCCUACAUUUUGAACUUGAUCGAGAAUACAAAGGAUGUAAACGAAUCAUUGAUGUGGAUAUACCGGCUUUUCCCCGGCUUUUGUCUGGGGCAUGGCCUUUUCGAGAUUUGCACCAAUUCAGUGAUCUCUCGGCAGCUCCAAACAGAAGUAAAACUGCUCGAGUGGGAUAUUGCAGGCAAGGAUGCAUUGUUCCUGUACAUUCUAGCGCCAACCUAUUUCAUUUUGACAUUGCUCAUCGAUUCCCUGGCCCAUUCACCGCUGGCAGCAUCUUGGCGCCAUUUGGAUCCUGCGGUGGAGCGCAUAGACGUUCAGGAUGAUCCGGAUGUGGCGGAGGAAGCGAAGCGCGUUGAGGAUGGCCAUAGCACCGAGGAUGUGGUGCGCUUGGAGAAGCUAAGGAAGGUCUACCGAACACCUGAGGGAGCUCCGAAGGUGGCAGUCCAAAGUCUGAGCUUCGGCCUGGCUUUGGGCGAAUGUUUUGCUUUUCUUGGCACGAACGGUGCUGGAAAGACGAGUACAUUGAGUAUGUUGACGGGUGCAAUAUUGCCCUCUGCGGGCAGAGCCUUUUUGGGCGGCUUUGAUAUUGUCCAAGAGCAACGCAAGGUGAGACGGCUCUUGGGCUAUUGCCCGCAGCACGAUGCUUUAUUAGACCGUCUCACGGUGCGAGAGCACUUGGAACUGUUCGGGCGGAUAAAAGGCAUCAGCAGACAGGAACUCCGACGGUUGUGUGAUCAAAUGAUGCAGGACCUUUCGCUGUCCCCUCAUGUGGAUAAACUGUCUAUGACUUUGAGUGGUGGCAACAAACGUAAACUCUCGCUGGCAAUUGCCCUCAUGGGCUCUCCACCACUUGUUCUUUUGGAUGAGCCGAGCACGGGAGUUGACCCCGCAGCACGGCGAUUGAUGUGGCACGUGAUCUCCUCUGUGUCAACACUACGAAGGGAGAGCACCGUGAUCCUCACCACCCACAAUAUGGAGGAAGCCGAGGCACUGUGCUCGCGCAUCGGCAUCAUGGUUGGCGGCAGGUUACGCUGCUUCGGCAGCAACCAGCGCCUAAAAGCACGCUUUGGCCAAGGGUAUCAGCUCGAGGUGCGCUUGCACGCACCAGAAGCGAAGGAUUUCCUUCAGAAACACCAGCUUCCAUCGUUGCUGGACGCAGUUGAAGUGAAGCGUGCUUGUGCUGCGCUGGGCCAGCCAGGCCGUGCUUCUCUGAUUCAUGAAGGCUGUGAAGAAGGGUUUCUUGUCUUCGAAGCUCUUGCUCGUGAAGGAUGUAUCUCGGCUUCAAUCUUUGCCCAGUGGUGGCUCUUUGAAGAUCGUGCAAACCGGCUUUCGUGCUUUUUGGAGCAACACUUCCCGGGCACAGCGCAGUUGGAGAGGCACGAGCACAACUUUCGCUUUCGACUUCCUCAGCGCUGCCCACUUGGCGAGGUCUUCAGAGUUUUGGAAGAGUCGCGAAAUGAGUUGCAUCUGGACGAGUAUGGUGUUUGCCAGGCCAGCUUGGAGCAGAUCUUCAAUGAUUUCGCCGCAUUGCAAGAGGAAGAGACAGGCCCAGUGCAAGGCCUUUUUCGAGAUGGUCGAUCACUUCAGGAUCGAAGUGGUUCUGUAGAAAUGAGUGUCGUGUGA